AAACGCUCUCCCUUUAUUUGAUUGAUUGUCCGAAGUGUUCAUGCAGCCCUGAAUCUUUUUGGCUCUGCGUUUUUUGCCCGACAUGGCCACUGCAGCUUACUUGGAAAAACAUCACCUGCCAUUCAGUAGCGUUUCGGCUCUUUUCAACGCCAUUCAGAAUGAUGCCAAUGUUGUCAUCCGACUGCCCAAGGCCGAGUUUCUCGAAGCGCUCCUGAAAGAUCUUGAUACCAAUACAACCACCAUUCAAUGGGAUGAUGAAAGUAAAAUAAAUUUGAACUUUCGCGAAUGGCGUCUUUCAUUGUAUUGAUGUACCUUGUUCUAGUGACGCUGCAUGCUUUGCAAAUCGUGAAACUGCUCGGUCGAACAGUGGAAGGCUCGGAUGCUCUGUUUGCGAAUACGGGUUUGCGUAUACUUGCCGACAAAGGCGGCCUGACAAGUACUACGACGUUGACAGAUACGCCGACAUCACAAGAAGCUUUAAAGUGCAUUGCCAACUGUAUUCUACUAAAGCCCACUGUUAAAAAUUAUCUGGAAGAACUGGGUGCCGUCGAAACUUGUUGCCGGUUGCUUCAACUUGCACAGCCAAGUAUGGAUACCCAGUUCCUGUCCUGCCGUAUCCUGUUCUUUAUGACGGUGGAUCGAAAUGAUCUUGUGGAUCAACUGAUACAACAAGAGAUAGCUUCGGGCAUUCAAAAAGUAUUAUCAAAAAAUGUCUCUUUGCUGAAAUCACAAGCCCCCUCGAACGUCAAUGCGCCAAUCAAUGCCCUCACAGUUUCAGGCGAAGCACUGAAACUACUUUUCAACCUCAUGCUGCUCAAAAUACGAAACGCACCGGAUAACAAAGACGCCGUCGCAGUGGCAGAGCACUUUGAAGCGUGCCUCAUGCCUAUUUACGAGAUACUUUUUAGUCUGCCGUUUCCUGAACCGUUACCACUUUCUGCACCUCACUCCCACGCGAUUCAUGCCUUGAUGCAGUUUCCAUACUCUGUUUCCUCCUCGGUAUGGGUGCAACACCCGGAUUUUGUCGCAUCACUGGGCGUCAAACCUGAAGAGGCAGGAGAUUAUAUUGUCAACAAAUUUAUUGGAGCGCUUGAUAAAUCCAUUCGAUAUUUACUUCCCAAUGGCGGUCCUGACGAGGAUCCUAAAGCUGUGCAAGAACACACCACGGACGCCGUCUUAGCCCCGCUCAUACUGACCUUGCGGGUCUUGGCUGACGGUGAUAUCAAUCUUCGACGAUCCAUGGGAAAACAGCUAUUGCCAAAAGAUAGCGAUCGAUUGCUGCCGGUAAAUCAAGGCCAAAGUCUUUCGGCUUAUAUGAUUCGAUGUUCAACUUCCACAAUGUUACCGCAGACGCGCGAUGCGGUAUGCGAGCUGCUAUUCAUACUUUGUGAUGAAAAUCCCACUCAAUUUACCCAACAAGUGGGUUACGGCAAUGCCAUCGGGUUCUUGGUCAAUAGGGGUAUCCCUAUGGAACCCCCGCAAGAAGCGGCUGGAGAUGAGAAAGAUAAGGAGGUGAAUCCCAUUACAGGACAGUAUAUUUCGGCAGAAAAUAACGGCCCCAGUUUGGCCGACAUGACGGAUGAAGAGAAGGAACGCGAAGCCGAACGGCUGUUUGUUCUGUUCGAGCGGCUAAAGAAGACCGGAGUCAUUGAUGUAGAAAAUCCUAUUGCCACGGCGAUGCGCGAAAAUCGGUUUCAUGAAGUGGACUCUACCGACAGUGAUGGCAGUGAUUCAGCAUAAUGCAUGCAUUGGGACAAGGAUGCUAUAGGCGUCAAUAAGUUCAAGGCGAUAAGAAAACUGGUCAACCUCCGGGAUUCGACCUUGCCUAGAGUUGGCUGGACCUCAUCAUUGACUGUGAAUUG